GGCAGUAAAGAAAUAUAUUUUUCAUAAUAAAUUUUGUUUAUAAACUAAACUUAAACAUUUAUUUAAAUUUAAAACGAUAUUUUCUAGUGAUAAAAUUAGUAUUUCUUAUUAUGUGAUUAGGGCUGGAUGGGUAUUACGGGAAGACUAGAAUAAAAUAAUUAAAGUUUUUAAUAAUGGCCGCAAGUUCCCUUUUGCAAAACUCAAAAUUUCACGAAUUGUGCCGUUUAUGCGCCACGAAAACAGAACUAAUGCUCUCCAUGCAUAUUUUCGAGGGGGACGGCCCUAUAAGACAAUUAAGUAAAAAAAUAGAUAAUUGUCUUCAAAUUCAGGUACACCAGCAGGACGAAUUGCCGAAAAUCAUUUGCGAAAAUUGUUUGUACAAAUUAGAGAUGUUCUGGGACUUUAAGGACAAAUCGUUCAGGACUGAACAAAUCCUAGUUGAACUGUAUAAGCAGUUUAAAGACACUGUCCAUGAAACUAGCCAAAGUCCUCAAGAACAGUGCGUGGUUUCAAUAGACUCUAACGGACUAAUUGUUCAAAUUCCUCAUCACCAAAUACUAACAGACAGUUUACAAGACGUUCCUAACAUAGAUAUUUCUCAGUUGGGACAUAGAGAGAAUGCUGAGAAUUAUGCUAUUAUUUUGCAUAGCCACCACGAUUUAAAUGCUGCUCAUCCUUUAGAGAAUUUAGAAUUAAACAAUCACGAUUUACCAGGACAAGAUUUAUCAAACCAAAGUAUACACAGUGGCCAGGAAAACUUAUCUGUAAUGCCGACCCAUAACGAUCAGCGUUUCAACGAGGUAAAUUUAAGUUUGAUGCAGCAACAACUGUUGAACGAUUCACAAUUCAGGAUCCAUCAAGAUUUUAAAUUUAUAAACCAUCUCUCGAUGGCUGGACCAAACAACAUAUACACUGAUAAUAUGAAGCACAUGUCACAAGGGCAAGAAAAUGACUAUUCUAAAGAUGAAGAUACGUUGGAUUAUUCAAAUUCCAAAAAUAUAGUAGUCGACUCAAAUUUAAGUGACAAUAGUUUAGGUGUUGAAGUUGAUACACACUUAAACAGGAUAAUAUCCUACUCUAGCGAUAGUCAAAUAGAUCAUCUGCACCAGCAAGAUGAAAGUGAUAGUAACACUAAUAUUUUAGCUGAUCAGGAAGUCAGUAAUGUGCUGGAUAGUGACGCUAUUGACCAUCAUCAUCAAGAUUUAGACAAUUUGCCUGCAGAUUUCUACUCUUGUAACAUUUGUGGGAAGUCUUAUGCUAAUAGAGCUGCUUGGGAGGUUCACUGUCAAAGCCAUCUCUUCAAAUAUGGUUUAGUACAGGAGCAGGACAUAGAGGUUACUAGAAAAAUCGAAGAAAACUGUAGAGUGAGCUCUAGUAAUGAAGACAAUUCGAAAAGUAAUGAUGCAGAUAAUGUCCUUGAAGAAAAUGCCGAUGAAGUGUACUUGGAUAGGGUUAAAAGUUGGCCUAAUGAGGACAGCAAUAGCCUGGACGUCCCGUACGUGCCAGAAUUACCCGAAAACGACAUGCCUAAAAUCAAGAAAAUCGGCAAAGUAUGUGAACAGUGCGGAAAAUGCUACUCCACAAAUUACAAACUGUCACAACACAUGAAGAAACAUACAGGGGAAAGACCGUUCAAGUGUAAAAGCUGUGAAAAAGCCUUCAGGUCGAAAAUAGGGUUGGCACAACACGAAGCUAAACACACUGGUCAAUAUGAUUUUUCGUGUCCAACUUGUGGAAAAGGGUUUCAGUGUAAAAGUUAUCUUAUGGUACAUCAGAGGGUUCAUUCAGAUUUAAAACCGUAUCCCUGCACUACUUGCGGUCAAAACUUCAAAACAAAACAGUCUCUACUAGACCAUACCAACAGGCAUUUAGGAGUUAAACCGUAUCUAUGUGGAAUUUGUGGUAGAGGGUUCAUUACCAAAGCUUUAUGUAGGGCACACGAAAAAACACAUACAGGAGUGGAUAAUAGGAAAUAUUCCUGUAAAAUAUGCCAGAAAAGGUUUGUGUCAAAGAGUUACCUACAGACUCACUCUAGGAUACACACCGGUGAAAAACCGUUCAUGUGUGAGGUUUGUGGAAAGGGUUUUUUAACGAGGGUCGAUCUGAAAAUUCACCUCACAAUGCACACAGGCGAAAAAUCGUACGUUUGCGAGAUGUGUGGCAAGGCUUUUGCUAGAAGGGAUGCGUUGAAAUGUCAUAGGAGAUCGCACACUGGAGAAAGGCCUUACGGGUGUGACGUUUGUGGCAAGACCUUCACGCAAUUCACUCCCAUGGCCAAUCACAGGCGACAUCACACCGGUGAACGGCCCUAUCCCUGCGAAACCUGCGGGAAAACCUUCGUUACCAGAUCCACCAUGUUGUCUCACGCGAAAAAACAUCUCAAGAAAACCGAGAAUGGAUUUAAAGAAGAGAUUGAACUGAUUGAACACAAGAUGGAACAACCGGCGUAGUUGUGAACACGGUGAACAAAAAAAAAAUCAAAAAUCUUUAGUGACAUUUAUCAAAAUCAAAUAUUCUCUCACUGGACGGACUAUAGUUGAUUUGUAUCGCAUUUAGGAAGAAAAAAUACCCUGUAUAUUACAUUUCAAAAAAAAAUUCGCGCGUUGGGCUUGACCCACGUUAUAAACAAGACUGCCAUUAUAUUUUUAGUCCUUUUUUAUUAUUAUUUUUGUGUUGUAUUUAUUAAAUAAU